CGGCCGCGUAUCGGCCUGCUGGCGAGCAUUGCAUGGGCUGCACCGGCUUGCUCCGUUUUUCGCUUCAAGCUCUGGUGUGUCCGUCCCUCGACUCCCAUGUCCCCAAUGGCCGAUGGCCGAGUCUUGCAGUAGCAAGACUCACGGGACAUUCCACAGAUGGGGCCAUCGAAGUCCCCUGGUUCCGGGUUCUGGGCAUUCGAACGGCCGAUGGCCGCGUCGAUGAUCCCUGCAACAAAGCCAGGAAGAAUGGUCCCUCUGGGAAUAGAGAGUCAAGGGCCGGCCACUCUGGCUGCAAACCACUGUCGUCGGAAACGCACAGCGGAAUUUGAAGGACAGUAAGCGGCUUGGCUUUGGCCUGCUACCGACCCAGCCCGCCAAGGGCCCUUGUGGCUUUCGACAAGCGCAACGGGUCCGAGCCACUGGAAUACAAAGGAUUUGCUCCUUUGGGGUGCAAGUUGUCCACAGUGACCGACACAGUGGUUGUCCAUCUAUGUGGGGAACCACGACAGGUUCGGUGCUUGUCAUAUCCGUGGCGGCUCCGCCUGGAAAACACAGGUGGCCGACAGGCCCGGGUUUCCAUGGGCCCCUUCGACAACCUGUUCAAUAUACCGUUCGUUGGUUGGGGCUGCUCUGAAGCUUCCUACCAAGUCGGUAUAUAUAAAAUUAUCAACACCUGAACACCAACUGGCGGUAAGUCCUGGCUUGUGCAAUGACAAACAGCAACCACAGCCACAGCCAGCCGAAGCGGCAGCAGUAACAGGACGGUCAAGGGCCGUGGGACAGUGGUCGCGGUCGCAAACUGGGGCUGCCCCUGUCAGCUGGGAGGAGGGUGGUGGUGCGUGCUGGAAGAGUCAGAGUCGAGGGCUGCGGGGGUCUGUCGCCCGCCCACAAACUGGGCCUGCCCCUGUGCCUUCGGAGGAGGGUGGAAUUAUAUGCCCGUGCCCCUGUUCCUGCCCACGGGGUCGUCGGUGGUAGAGCGAGGAUGAAAGGCUAAGCCUCCCGCACGAGGCUUCCUCAUCCUUGCGGUGUUGAUGGCGAUGCCAUCAACACGAGGCUGUACAAGAUCACAUUGAUCUGCCUUGCCACGUCAAGUCAUUCCCCGGCCGGGACGGUAAAUCAGGGGCAGGAUGGGAGUAAUGUGGUUUCUGACGCAACAACAACAACAACACCAACGCCCUGCUCCUCCUGGGCCAGGGAGUGCCGUCGCAGUUACGCCGACAGGAGCAGUACGACAGCCGUCACCAUCAUACGACGGUCUCGUCAGUGAGGCCCGUGGGACGGGGGUUAGGGGUUUGCGACCUGAGGAACGGGGGUUGGGGGGUUUGCGGCCCGAAGAACGGGGGGUUGGCUGGUGCGAUGCACCAGCUGGUUGAACCCCUUGGCAGGACCUCCAGGUUUGGGGUCCUAUUCCUUCCGCGUGCCACCUUCGCCACGGAAGGUGGCUCUCACGCCGCAGCAGCAUACCGAGAGGUCGUCCCACCAAUGGAUCGUCAAACCAAACCAACAAGGUCCCAGGAGUCGCACCAGACUGCGCCUGCGACGGGUUCGAACACUUGCCAGGCGGCAACUCCUGGGACGGAUUCAAGUGAUCCUGCAGAGCAGCCAAACAUCAUGGACGAGUAUCUGGGAAUAUCCCCGAUGGGGAUGAAACCAAUGACACGGCCGCCGAUCAACCGGUGUUUGCCGGUAAUGCCAACAAAAGAGCCUUGGUCCCCUCUAGGGCUCGGGACCAACCAGCCAGGACAGUAUCAGACCGGGGCUGCUUACUGCAAACUAUACACCCGUCAACGAACAGUCAUUUGGUAACACCAACAUGAACGUCCAAAACCCCACUAGGGCUCGGCAACACCCAGGCCGAAAAUCAGCACGGGCCUACUGCCAUUGCCAACAAUACAAUCAUCAAACAACGGCUAUCUUCCAGGGAACAACUCCUGGGGGGACAGAUUCAAGAACCGGCCAGGAGCGGCCGCAUGUAUAUACGGCCGCUGGUGAGACGGACAGCAACCACAAUGCUGUGCCUGUCGACGGCAGGAGUAUCCAGCACGCCGCCCCAGCUGGGGCGGCGAGGAUGUCCGAAUAGAUGGACAUAGGGGAGGAGUGGCGAUGCCACUCCUCCUGCUGUAUACGGCCAAUCGAAUGGGUUCCAAGGGGGAAGGGGUCGUUUUCAUACGAUUGACACAAGCCAUAAAGGGGAGGAAUGUGUAUCGGACUUCGCCUUGGUCAAUGGUACUGCACACCGAGGAGUCGACUCGAAUCCACGGGUCGCCAAACCAAAUCAGCAAGGUCCUGGGACCCAUCGCAACUCCUGGGACAGGGUCGAAUAAUACCUGCCAGGCGGCCGCAUGUAUGCGGCCGACAAUGCAAAUGACAGCAGCAAGGUGCUGUACCUUCCGAGGGCAGCGAACCCGUUCGAGAAUCUCCCCUCCGUCUUGAGGUGGGGGGCUGCGGUUGACCGUCAAGGCAUGGGCUGGGGUGUACAAUUUCCCAGUGCCACAUUACGCGGAGCGGCGAUGCCGCAGAAGAACCGGGGGUUGGUGAUGGUGCACCUGCUGCUACGGCGUUGCCGCCGAAUGGACGCAAAGGGAUCGAAUUUCGCAUCAUCGGGAUAGCCCAUAAAACAAAGAAAUGGGUGUCGCCGUUAGCGCCGUUCAAUAGCAGCGGCGCCGUCGGCCCUCGCCUCUCGAGGCCCAGAAGAAGAUCAUGGCGGAGAUAAUGCCGACUAUAUGGUGAGGGCCACAUAAUGGGCCCAAUCCCCGAGUAUCCGGGGUGGUGUCUCUGGAUCACAGAUCAAUCGAAAACAGUCGGCCUCCAACAUCCACCGAAGGCACUGGAGAGAUUUCCAGAUGAUCUCCGCUGGAGUAUGCCUAUCAAAUAAGUGAGGCUGCUCUCGCAAGAUGGGUGGGCGGAUUGGCGGUAUAGGUUGAGAGGGAGUUGGCGAAGGGGAUGGUGGAUGGGACCGGCUAUGGGCCGUGGGGUGGAUAUGGGGAAGGGGGAGGGAUCGGGGGACAGGGAAUGGAAAUGAGAAUGGUCGUGGCUAUGCGACGGGGGAUACAGCUGUCGAGGAAUGGAUAGGGGAUUCUCCGCCUUUACCACCCGAAGGCGCGUCGCUCGGUGGGCGGAAAUGGCUGCUGGCCGAUGGCCAGCGCCAGCGCCAGCACCAGCAGGCACAACAGCAAGCCCAACAGCAGGCGCAACAAUUUCUGCAACAACCGCAGCCUCGGCCCAACCACAACAAGAGUUGCUGCAACAACCGCCGCAGCAGCAACAUCUUCUCGGCGACAGCACAAGCGCAGUUCGCAAAAAAGCGGAAGGAAGCCAGAAGAGCAUCGAGAGGAAAAUCUGGGCCCAGGAGUGGAAGAUGGCCGUGGACAUCCUUGUCCUUUCCAUCACGGCGGAUGGUGGUCGGAGCAUCAUGGCAUCCGACCACACAAAGAAGUCGUCCAGGUGGAAAACACCACCAUGGAAGAAGUGGUGGCACCGUUCUCCCUGCCCCUGGUGGUAGCGGACCGAGGGAGUCAAGAACGAACGAGUUUCAAAAGUCGCCCAGGUGGAAGAUACCACUGUCGAAGAGCUGGUGCGACAAAGCGCCUGGUCUCUCUAUCCCCACUGGUAGCGAUCUGAGUGGAUUAAGAACGAACGAGUUUCAUCAUCAAUGUUAAACAAGAAUAACAAAUGAACAAUUUACUUACACGCA